AUGUGCGAGGCCGAUUUGCGGACACCGGAACACCGAAACGAUGGGCCCUUCUGUCGGUUGUGUUUCAGCCUGGCGGACGAUCUGUGCCCGUUGUUUCCCUCGUCACAUGUGUCCCCCAACAAUGCGCUACUCCUGCACAAGAUAUUAGACUGCACCACCAUAACGUUAAGCGUACACGAUGAUCACGAUGCGUAUAUAUGCGCGAAGUGCAUCGUCAGCAUCGAGGCCUUCUUCAAGUACAAAGCGCAAUGUGUCGAGAACGAUCGAACUCUGCGCAAAAAGCGCAAAAGCUUCUUCACCGGUCUAGGCCUAGCGGCCGAUAAAGACGACCGACGUUCGCUUCAAUCGGCGAACCAGCUGAUCCUGGCGCAAGAACGACACCAGCGCCAUCUGCCGGCAAGCGACCGAGACGAUGUGGACGACGAAGGGGAGAGCGUGAAGCAGCGCAAACGCCACCGAAGGACGCCCCACGUGGACGAGGUUUCUGAGGGCAAUGCGCUAAAGAAGCCCCGGAACGGCUUGCUGGAAGAAGAGUACGGUGACCGACAGGCGAAACUCGAACAGUAUCAAGUUAAGCAGGAAAUCAUCAACCCGAACGAUGUCGAGGAGCACGAUACCACCAACCGCAAGGAGGGGCUCGGUGACGACGAGGAAGACGACGAUGAGGAGGAGUACUUCAAUCCCAACCAAUUUCUGGCCCAAGAAACACAAAUCGACGAGGAAGGAGAUGCCGGUGGAGACUUGGAAACGAACGACAACAGUACCGAUGGCGAAGGACAUUCGCCCAUCGGUGUCGAUCACCCGUCCGGGUCGCAUCUCUUCGAGCGGGGUUGGAAAGCAACCGAAUUUUCACCGCAACCGGGUUCUUCCGGUUUGAAGGCACUGAAAAUUACCGACUAUUCCAACAUCACCGGCAAACGGGGACGCCCACAGCGAUUCGUCGCCGAAAUGCUGGCCGGAGCCAGCAACCUGAUGCAGUACCAGCAACACGGAGAAGCCGUCCUGCAGGACCUGCUCCGGUUGAACGGGUUGGCGAAUGUGCAGUUGCAACCCGAGGCGCUGGGUCAGAUGACACCGCUCAGCUCAAGCCCGCAAGGUCCUGGCCGACGGUUACCUGCGUCCAUCGAGCCUACGAAGAAAGUGCAAAAGUUUCUGGACGACGGCUUGCGCGAGCUGAUCUACAAUGCUGGGGCACCAAAUCCUCACUUCGAGCGGGAUGGAGGAUCGACCGAGUUUAUGGUGGUGAAGGCACGCUUCAACUCGUACAACAUCAUUUUCGACGACAAUCGGUUUUUGCGGCGCAACAAAUCGGUCAGCGGGCUGGCCAAGUGGUACUGGGCUUGCAGCGUCACGGGUUGUCCGGUGAAAAUUUGCAGCUACGCGGGUCGGCUGUUCAAAACGAACGAGCUGCCGCAUACGCACCCACCGACGGAAUCGGAUGCCCGCAAUCGGUACGAAACCAUUCAACCGGAUCCGGUUGAGGCGGCACAGCUGCAGCGGCAGCUUCUGCUGCAGCAACAGCAGCAACACCAACAGCAACAGCAACGGCUACUGCGGCAGCAACAGCAACAGCAGCUACUGCGCCAGCGGCAGGUUGAGCUGGCACAACGACGUGUGGCUGCUGCGGCCGCCCUGAUGGCUGCUGCGGCCGUGUCCGCUACACGAAACGACGACGGAUGCCAGGAACGUAGUAAGAAAAUCGACCCUAGUCUCAUCGUGGAUCAGCAGCAGGAUUGGCGUCGAAAUUACGAUCUGCACACGGCCAGCGAUGGAACGGAAAGACUGCUGUUCGCUGGCCACAACCAUGGGUUGAUCAUGACACGUAAGGAUGGCGUAAAGAUUUAUCGUUGCACUAGCGUAAUCAAAAUCGAUGAUACACCGGAAGAGUCCGAACAGCCAUGCCUGGACACGGUGUUUCUGCAUGCGAACGGACGCAUUGCGAUGGUUUGUAAGGAGGAGAUGGUGGAUUACGAUAUGGAGCUUCCGGUGGACACGAUGGAGCGCCAUCAAUCGGAGCGCAGCGGUGGUAAUAGCACCGAAGAGGACGACAAACGUCGCAGGCCUCAGAAGAUAAUCGUGUACGAGGGCUACAGAUACAAGUACUGCCACGCUCGGCCCGAAGGUAGCUUCUACUGGCGUUGCGUGCUGCGCCACGAUAAGGAUUGCCUGGCUUCGAUCCAGACGAAGCGCAACCUGGAGUUUUUGAACGUGAACGAUCAAGCACACAACCACGAUCCACCGGAUCCUUCGGAGCCGCACGAGAAUGCGAUGCUGUGCGAAAUACGUCUGCCGAUCAAGGGCGAAUCAACGGAGGGCUCGACCGAUUUCCAGCUGGUGAAGAGCGGGCAAAAGCGAGAGUUCCUCAUCUACAAGGGCUACCGGUACUACUUCCAGUACGAGUCGAAAAACGGACGGCGUUCGUACCGAUGCACUAUGUUCAAGAACUGCCCGGCCGGAGCGUUUCUGUUGCCAAACAACACCAUCCAGGAGGCGAAGAACUUCAUUCACACGCAUCCCCCCGUGGAAGACAUGGAGAAGUACAUCACGAAAGACAGCUUGAUCACUAGCCCGAUAAAACACCCCACCGAGGGUAGCGCAGAUGAGAGCAGGGAAGACCUGGGAAUCGUCGACUGGCCAGAUUCAACGGGAGCGGGUUCUAUCAAACUGGAACCGCUCAGCAAGGAUCCCGAGGUGGCCCAACGCAACGGGUACCGCAUCAUUAAGAACUACAAAAACAAGGAAAUCAUGAUUUACCUUGGGUGGCGCUACUUCGAAGAUUACAAGAAGAAAAGCGGUGGCCAGGUGUGGCGUUGUUCAUCGCACCGAUUGUGCCGCGGAUCGGUACAUCUCUUCCAGGAUGGAUCGAUAAACUUCGCAAAACUCGUCGAUCAUAAUCAUUCCCCGCCGAAGAAAAUCGCAAGCCAUUCGCCGUUGGAUGGUAGCUCCUCCAAGGCGGGCUCGGAACACGUUGCAUCCCCUGAGCAACAGUUGUCGACUCCGCUGGACAGUAGCUGCGAGUCGUUGUUGGGUGGUGGAGGAGCGUACCACCGGUACAUCAUGCACCAGGGACAUCGGUUCCGCUUCGCGACGCGUAAGCGCGAGGGUACGAUCUAUUGGCGGUGCGCGAUGCGGCUGGAAACAAAGUGUCCCGUUUCAUUUCACACAAAGGAGGACACGUACGAGUUGGUGAGCACGCGUAACCACGAACACAACCACCCCAUACCGACGGUGUGGCCAGACGUGGCCGGAGGCCAGAUCGAUGAGGAGCUGCCGUCGGUUCGCAUGCCGGCCGAGGAGAUCGGAACGACAGAUUUCAACCUCACGAAGAACUCGAAAGGGCGUGAUUUGGUGUUGUACAAAAAUGGGCGCUUCUAUCUGGACUACUCUCGAAAAGACGGCAAAAUUGUGUUCCGCUGUUCGGCCGUUUCGGGUUGCCGAGCGACGGUGCACUUGCUGCCAAACAAAACGCUCCAAGUGCCGGACGACUUCAGCCACAACCAUCCCACCCCGUACGACGGAGAAGCGGGUGACCACACGGUGAGGGAGUCUGAAGCGGACCAACAACCGAUUGAAUCGAUCGAGCUAAAGUCAGACGAUGAAGAGCAGGACACGCAAGCCGUGCAGUCAAGGUUCGUGCUAUACAAUGGAUUCCACUUCCGCUUCAUAUCUCGCCACCCGACGGAGCAGAGUGCGUUUUUCCGCUGCUUCAACUUCGAUGCCAAGAAAAACCCGUGCCACGCCUCACUGUACACCGACCAGAACGGAAGGGUCAUACAGACGAGCCAGCAUCCGCACAAUCACGAACAGGGUGAUUACCUCCAGGGACUGAACACAUAUCAUCAGCUACAAGAGCAGGAAGAGGCGCAGCAGCCGCCGAAACCUCCACCGAAGACCACCGACGAGCUGAUCGGUACUCGUGAUUACAAGAUCGUAAAGAACUGGAAAAAUCGUGACGUGCUUGUGUUCCAGAACUGUCGCUACUUCCUGCACUAUGUGCGUAAGGAUGGCCGGAAGGUGUGGCGCUGUUCGGCGAUCCGGAGCUGCCAUGCGGCCGUAUAUCUAAACGCCGAUGGUACGGUGGACCAGUUUCGUGGCCAGCACGUGCACGAAAUUCGCCCCGAGGGUGAGCUACGGCGGCGGCGACGCAGAAAAAAGUCGGAGCCCAUGUUUCCUUUUGGGGCCGGCAGUGGGGACAGUACCAUGUUUGGUAAUGGCAUGCAUGCAAAUACGGUCGACCUGACGGCACGGGGAGCAAGUCUUAACGGUAUUGGAUCGCUGUUGAACGGCAGUGCCGUGAGUCUUCCGGCAGGUGUUAACGGAUCGACAAAUGGCAGCGGUCAGAACGGUGGCUUGGGUAACGAGUGGAUCGACUACAGUGAUUAUGGCAUACAGAUGAAUGCCGUCUCUGCGAAUGAUACCGGAAAUGGAGACGCUGGACGGACGAACGAGGAAAACCAUUCUCUUUGGGAUCAUAUUCAUCCGAUCCACAGCAUGGUCGAAGCAGGUGGAAAUGAAAGUGAAGCAGGCAUCGACCUUAGUUACCACUCCGUGUUUGGGAACCAGGAGAACUUCAACACGUACGCCGUCCACGCUCUUGCGCAGCAUCAUCUACAGCAACAGCAGCAGCGAUCGCACAUCAGCCUGCAACAACUCCAGCAGCACCACCAGAUGCUGCUAAUGAACGGUGGUUUAGUGCCACAGCAUCGUGCUUCAUCUAACAACCAGGAUAGCAGCGAUGCGGAGGAGUGCGAUGUUUCGGCGGGCGCCACUAGCGGGGAUGAUCAUCCCGUGAUCACCAUUACGCCAGAGGUGAAAAUAGAGGGGGAAGAUCUAUGA